UGUCUCAUUUCAUUUUUUCAGGCAGUGCUCCUCUGAACAUGCAGAUAGAGAGGUUGAGAGGACUGGUAGAUCGCUUGGAGAAUAGGGUGAAUUUUGAAGGAAUAAAGGAAGAACAGAAGGAUGUCCCAGAAGAACAAAUGAUGCUGCUGGUUCACAGAAGGUUCCCUGUGUCUCCAGAUCGUAUGAAAGCUUUCCGAGGGAGUCUUAGGAUGUACAUAGAGGGCACCAACGAGGAUGAGCGAUGUCUAAAUGUCAGUGUGCUUACCUACAGUGGCUCAGACAUGUUUAUUCUCUAUGAGAUGUGGGAGAGCAAGGAGGCAUGGAAGAGUCACCUCAUGUCAUCACUGGCCAAGAACUUCCAGCACAGCAACAUUGACAACCUGCAGCAACCAGAAUCCUGUAACAGUAUGCCAAUACCUAGUGCAUGGUGGAAAAGAGACUGAAGAUGUGGAGCCAAGCUAGUUCUGGGAACAGAAAUAAAGAAGAACACCUUAGUACAAUUGACAAAAAAAAUUGUCAGACCCCCACCCACCUUUAGUGAAGCGUGUUAAAAGUGUCUGUUCUGUCUCCCCAGCUGUGAUAUCUGUAUGCUGUUCACUCGUCUCUUUACUGAAUAGAUAGACAUAUUUCCUUGUAGGGGCCAGCUUAGUUCCCACAGAUACAGAGAGAGAGAUGAUCUUAGAACUUAGAUCUCUCAGUGUUACAUGUGCUGUAAAUGAUGAACUAUAAAAUAACAUUGAGAACAGUACAAAGAGCAGGCUAGUAGCUGUAGGCUAGGGGUUUGGGGGGUUCAAACAAACUGCUCUUUUUGCUGGAAAAAGGUCCCCCUUGGGUAAAAUUUGACCAAAGUACACAAAAGUUUCAAGGUAAAAGGUCCACUUUUUAGAAAAGAACCCCCUGGUAGAUUUUGAAAUUGCUGACUAUGGGCCUGAAGGGUUUCUACUGUCAAAGUGAAAAGGCAAAAUGAAUUCAGUUGAUGGAUCUAUUUCUGUGAGGAUGUCUGAGUAAGUGCAUUUGGCAGAAGUGAAUUAAUUGGUUUACUGCCAGCUGUAUACUGCCAGUGUUUUAAAAGUAUUUAAAACUUCUGUCCUCUAUCUCAACAUGAGGCAGGUACUUUAAAGUAUGCGGUCACUCUCCACUUUACAGCAGCGCCCUCUAGGAGGACUCCAUGAAACAACAUAUAGGUGGAGCAUUGUAGCCAAAAAUUUGAAAUCAACAAGUGUUCAAUUUGAAUAAUGUUCAGUACAAACAGAUACAACUAUUUCAGUCUGCAUUGUGUAGAUCAUAAGAGGAGGAAAGCCUGCUCUAGAUAGUCUGGGAAAUAUUUUCCAGUGUCUUGGUGAAAGAGAUUAAUUUUCUGUUGGCAAAUAGUAUUAAAGUUAUGAAUUCUGGGGCAGAAACUAUAAGUAAUGGCAGUUUCUCAGGACACAUUUCACAGAUCAAGGAUGAAUUUAUAAAGAGUUGACUUUUCUGUAAGCAAAAGUAUUAAAGUUAUGAAUUCUGGGGCAGGAAAUUCCUCAGGAGACUAUUCAAAGAUCAAAGAUGAAUUACUGGUAGAAUUUUUUUUUUAAUUUUGUGUAUAUACAGGUCACAUUUUUGUAUAUGUUUAGCGUAUGUUGGCGUAAUACAACAUAUUCUAUCCCUUCAGAGUACAAGUACUUAAAUUGUGUAUUUUCUAGUUAGGAGUAUAUUUUUUAGAACCCGUAUUAUGUUUACCUAAGGAAUCUGUAUAGCAGCAUUUCAUCAGUGCCCUCUUGUGUUUGAUGUUUUUUGGGGUAUAUGAAACUUGUCUUCCAUGUCUUCACUGAACAGCUGACUACAGUGUAGUGAUUGUUAAAACAUCCAACAGGGAAUUAGAGCAAUAGCUAAGAGUACGUAUCUUUAUAACAAUAUUUUUUCGUUUUUAUCUGUACUAGUUAUCGUAUAAAAAUAAACUUAAACACCCUCCAGCA